AAAUCUCGAGAGGAGCUGGAAGAGGAGAAGAGAGCGGUGUUGGCUCAGAGAAUUCAACCAUUAAAUAUGGAGGGUAUGAACCAAGAUAAACUACUGGAGAAGGCUCGUCAAUUACACGAGAAGUUGAGAUCUCUAGAGGGAGAUAAAUACGAUCUUGAACAGAGAUUCAAGAGACAGCAAUACGACGUAAGUAUUGAUAAUAUUUCUCUUAUUGCACACUGUAUGGCGUUAUCCUCGACAUUGUUGGGUAUGCAAUUAGGAAGUUUCUCAGUACAUCCACCUCCGAAAAUCCAACUUUGCAGUAAAUAUGAAAAGUUAACCGACAGACGAACCUUCGGUCAACGAGCAGAAUUAUAUGAAGAAUUAAGUAAAGAGGUCCCACCCCCCGAAAUAAAGAGAAUACGCCCAGUUGCCACAGUCGGUGAUGAGGGCGCUGCUGCCGAGGAAAAAGAAGAUGAAUAA